AUGUAUAGAGCGAAAUUAACCCGUGAAACUAAGAAGUCUCCCUACUACUUACAACUAGCUCACGUGUUUCGUAUCUGCGCUUUAUCUGUGAAUGGACAAACAUUCACCACAGCCCAAAGUGUAGCGAAGACGUCCAAAUACAUUCAAAAACUAGAACUCACCGCUUCUGUGGACUAUCAUCUUGCUCGUCCGCAACGUACGCCUUCAACUCGUAGUCCACUCGACAUGGCUAUACGGAACAAAAUAGGAAAAGAAUUACCAGCGCGCAUUUCAAAUAGUACAUACAGGCCACACGCACAAACUGGAGGACUCGUCGCGGGACAGCGCAUUAGAACAGCAAGGAAACUGCAUAUCAGACUUACAAGUGAAACCGAUUCAUGUGAGUCAGGAAUGCUUGAUGUUAUAAAUUUGCAGAAUAACACAAACAACAGCCAGACCAAAGUCACAUACAAACAAACGGGAACUACAGUGCAAUGA